ACAUCGUUUCCUCUGAUCAUGAAUCGUAGAAAUGGCGUCGACGUUAAUCUCUUCCUUGGCCGUUCUCUUGCCGUUAACGUUACUUACUCCGUCAAUUUCCACGAAAGUCUCUCGAAUCGACGUUCUCGGCUGGAGUUGCAACAACGGCACCGUCGCCGACGCCGAGGCUUACCGGAGAUCUUACAAUUUCAAUCUCGACGAGAUCAGAGACGAUAUGAGGAAGGUCAAGUUUGGGGUUCAUGAGCACGGAGAUCCUCCGCAGAAGAUGUUCCUCUUGUCGCAGUGCGUUAGCGAUCUCUCACCCGACGAAUGCAAUCUCUGUUGGUCACGCGCCACCGAUCUCCUCUCUCAAUGUUUUCCGUCCACCGGUGGUCGGUUUUUCCUCGACGGUUGUUUCGUUAGGGCUGAUAAUUACAGCUUCUAUCGCGAGCCUAUUGCUCAUCAAGACUCCAAGAUAUGUGCUAGUGACAAGGAGUCGUCUGCAGAAUUUAAAGGAUUAGUAAAGGAAGUGACCAAAUCCAUUGUUGAGACGGCUCCUUAUAGUAAAGGUUUCUCGGUGGCUCAAAAGGGCGUCCACGGUUUAACGGUUUACGGAUUGGGAAUCUGCUGGAGAACGCUAGACGAUGAGCUGUGCAAAUUGUGCUUAGCAGAUGGAGCUUUAUCUGUCAAUAGCUGCUCACCAUCCAAAGAAGGCUUUGCCUUGAAUGCAGGAUGCUACUUGCGUUACUCUAACUAUACCUUCUAUCACGAACGUGGAUUGCUUUCUAUGAGUUUAACGAAAGAACACAUUGUGCAUGUACUGGUUAUUUCUAUGGUGUGUGUCUUGGCUGUUGCAGCUGGAUUUUGGUGUGGAAAAUGCAUCUUUUUGCGAGCUCUUCCGAAGAAGAAGCUUAAAGAGAAGGAGUCCAAGUCUAUAUGUAAUAGCUCAAACUUGAUGAGCUUUAAGUAUUCAACUCUUCAAAGAGCAACCAACAACUUCAAUGAGAGUUGCAAGCUUGGUGUUGGAGGAUAUGGUGAAGUCUUCAAGGGAACUCUGUCUGACGGUAGGGAGAUCGCUGUAAAACGGCUGCAUAUAACAGGAAAGAAGCCAAGGGAAGAGAUCCAUAAUGAAAUCGAUGUAAUUAGCAGAUGCCAACAUAAGAAUUUGGUCCGGCUCUUAGGUUGCUGCUUCACUAACAUGAAUAGUUUCAUUAUCUAUGAGUUUCUCGCGAAUACAAGCCUCGAUCACAUCUUAUUUAACCCAGAGAAGAAGAAAGAGCUCGACUGGAAGAAGAGGCGGACAAUAAUCUUAGGAACAGCAGAAGGUUUGGAGUAUCUUCACGAAACUUGCAGGAUCAUCCAUAGAGACAUCAAAGCAAGCAACAUUCUGUUAGACUUAAAGUACAAACCCAAAAUCUCAGAUUUUGGAUUAGCCAAGUUUUAUCCAGAAGGUGGGAAAGACAUCCCUUCUUCAUCUCCUUCUCCUUCUUCCAUUGCCGGCACGCUAGGAUACAUGGCUCCUGAGUACAUUAGGAAGGGAAAACUAAGCAAUAAACUCGACGCUUACAGCUUCGGAGUCCUUGUUUUAGAAAUAACCAGUGGUUUUCGAAACAAUAGCUUCCGAUCUGAUAACUCCCUUGAAACCUUAGUUACUCAAGUUUGGAAAUGUUAUACUUCAGACAAGAUGGAGGAGAUGAUAGACAAAGAUAUGGAAGAAGAGACAGAUAAGACAGAAGUGAAGAGAGUGAUGCAGAUCGGUUUGUUGUGCACACAAGAGUCUCCACAGCUUCGUCCAACGAUGUCUAAGGUAAUACAAAUGGUUAAUUCUAAAGACCUUGUAUUGCCCACUCCUACUAAACCACCUUUCCUUGAUGAUUCCAUGUAGAGAUCUUAUACUUGUAUAAAUCCUCACUCUCUUUCUUACCCUUAGUAACGCACUAACACAUUACAAAAGAAAAACAACAAGUAGAUCAUUUUGUAGUAGCUAUCAUAUUAUAUUAUUUUCUUUUCUAACUUUUGUCCCAAUAUUAAUCAUUGUAGACAAAUAUGCCUAUUUACGUAGAUAAUUUGAAACGCC